CUACAGGCCACGGGCAUUGAACACGAGGCAUCCAAAUUCCAAAAUUGAUCCGAGCACACUUCUAGGGUGCCUGCUUGCCCAUCUGGCUAAACACUGGGCCUGCCCCGGACCUGCAUCCUAUUUCUGUAACAUAGCAUGGGCUCAGUAUGAAAAUGGGACCUUGACUUUACCGUCCGUACCGAUCUCAGUAAUUUCUGCCAGCGAACCGGGAAAUGUGCCCAAGUCUCUCUUUCUCUCUCUCCACCCCAUCUGCGUCCCCAUCCCCCUCACCCAAAGUUCCUUCCACCUCCUCUCUUCACCCCGUCCUCCCUCCUCCCCCCGGGCUGUGGCCGCGCUGCUGCGCUGCGCCGUGCGCCACCGAGCCCGCAGUGUGUGUGGUGUGUGUGGGGGGGUGGGUUCAUGUGCUGUGUUUGGGGGAGGUGAUGGCACCACCAUUGUCCCUGCGUCCUCCCAUCCCCGCUCCACCAGAGACCACCUCGAACUCCCCGGGCAAAAGCCGCCCAUUCUCCCGCUGGCCUCGAGCCCCUGUCCGUCUACACUCUCUCCUCCUCCCUCCCUGCCAGACCCUCCUCCAGCCACGCCUUCUCCGCCAUUACCUACUGAUCCCGCCUCCCAUCUUCCGCCAUUACCUGCUGAUCCCGCCUCCCCUCUUCUGCCCGUCUGCGGCCACCAGCCACCGCCGCAGCCACUGCGGGAGCCGAAAACUCAAGUCACCGGACGACAACCCCCGCCCCCACCCCUGCCUGCUUCCUGAGUCGGUGGCCGGCCAGUUCCCUUUGCGAGAGGUUGCAGCUGGGAAGGAUUUUAUCCAGGCCAAGCUAUUCGGCGAUCCGUCAUGGCAUCACCUCUCCAGACUCAAGAGGACCCUGGAGCAGCAUGACUUCUAUAAAUGUGAGGCGUUGGGCCCCACUAAGGUCCGCCUUAGCCACCCUCCCCUCCUCCUUCUCCUCCUGGCCCUGAGCAACCUACACCCACCCCACCCACUUAUGUGUGGAGGUUCAAGGUCCGUGAUGCCUCCCGAAACUCCAGAGCCCACCCUGCCCCCACGGAUAUGCUACCAGACCAGUAAUCCAGUAACUGGGGGACAAGUCACUUGAAACUGUACCCAAUACCACACCGCAGCCAGUGUCACCAAGGCCAGCCUGGGUACCUUCAACUGCAUGAACUCCUCUGACCCCGGGCCUUGCUUCGUGGUCACAGUAGUUCCCCAACUAACCUUGUAUAGAGAGUCAGAGCUCGCCUGGCUGCUCCCUCCAUCCCACCCCCGGGCCCACCAGGCCGCCUUCCUCCCUGUCCUGUUAGGGGAGAGUAUAGCUACCUCGAUAGACCUCACCGGGGGGCCCUCGGGAACAGUCUGGUUGUUAUGCCCAGAUUUCAAGAUUCCCAAGAGCCCAC